AUGUGGAAUAAACACAGGUUGGCAUUCAUCUUGGUGGGGCUGCUGUUUCACCUCUUCUACCUACGGUCGAUCUUUGACAUUUACUUCGUGUCGCCGUUGGUACAUGGGAUGAGACAGUUCAAGAGCAACGAGGAGCCGCCGGCGAAGCGGCUUUUCCUGAUUGUUGGCGAUGGACUGCGUGCAGACACAUCUUUUGACAAGGUGAAGCACCCGGUUACAGGGAAAACCGAAUUUCUGGCGCCAUAUCUACGAAGCCUGGUGGAGCAUAAUGCCACUUACGGGAUUUCGCACACGCGGAUGCCGACCGAGUCGAGACCGGGCCAUGUUGCGAUGAUUGCUGGAUUUUACGAGGACGUGAGCGCGGUUACGAAGGGGUGGAAGGAAAACCCAGUCGACUUUGAUAGCGUGUUUAACCAGUCGACGCACACUUACUCAUUUGGGUCGCCCGACAUCCUCCCCAUGUUCAAGAGUGGGGCGUCUGAUCCAACCAAGGUCGAUGCGUGGAUGUAUGGCCACGAGUUUGAGGACUUCACGCAGUCGUCGAUUGAGCUGGAUGCUUACGUUUUCAGACACAUGGAUGCCUUGUUUCGGAAUGCCACUGUGGAUAGCAAGUUACGCCAUGAAAUGAUGCAGGAUGGCAAUGUUUUCUUCCUUCAUCUAUUGGGUUGCGACACUGCAGGGCAUUCAUACAGGCCAUAUUCUGCCGAGUACUACGACAACGUAAAGUACAUCGACAGUCAGCUUGAGCGGCUUGUUCCCAAAGUCCGCGAGUUCUUUGGCGACGACGACACUGCGUUUGUGUUCACAGCUGAUCAUGGUAUGAGUGCAUUCGGUUCGCAUGGCGAUGGCCAUCCAAACAAUACGAGAACACCCCUGGUAGCAUGGGGCGCGGGACUGAACAGGCCUGUCCUAAACGACGUGCCGGUAUAUGACAAUUACACGGAAAAUUGGGAUCUGGCACAUGUGAGACGCAAUGAUGUCAACCAGGCAGAUAUUGCUUCCUUGAUGUCAUACCUUAUUGGCCUGAAUUAUCCUACGAACUCUGUCGGGGAGCUCCCUCUCGCUUACGUUAAUGGAACUGAGCGGACGAAGCUGAAUGCACUCUACAAAAACGCACUAAGUAUAUUGGAACAGUACCUCGUGAAAGAGACAGAAAUGAUUCAAUCUCAACUGGUUUACAAGGAAUACCCUAAGUUUGCUCAAAAGUCACAUUCCUCCUAUAUCCAAGAAAUUGAGCAUCUAAUAGACAGAAUUGCGAACGGAGAAGAAGAUUUAGAACCUGAGGCGAUUGCAUUAUCAGAGGAGUUGAUGAAGACAGCCCUAGAGGGGCUGCAGUACCUCACUACGUACAAUUGGAGGUUCAUCAGGUCCAUAGUGACUUUGGGGUUUAUUGGGUGGAUUACCUACUCCUUCACAAUUUUCUUACGGCUAUUCAUCCUAGAAAAACAGUAUGCGAUGAAGACAUCUCCCCAAAAUCUCGCUUCAUUUGGUGCGCUGACAGCUGCUCUUAACUAUGUCCUCUACUACCAGCGUUCUCCAUUCAAUUAUUACAUGUAUCUUCUAUUCCCGCUAUUUUUCUGGAGUCAGAUUCUAACAAAUUCGACCAUACUGCAUGAUGGUAUCAGGGAAAUGUUCAAGGGCGUCUCAAUGCUUCAGAGAAUCGGCAUAUGCGCGCUGAUAGUUUCCAUAUAUGAAGGUAUAGUCUACGGGUAUUUUGACCGAUGGAUCUUCACAAUAAUAUUUAACCUAUUGGCAUUAUAUCCGUUCUUUUGCGGAAUAAAGGACGCGAAGACAAAUAUGUUCUGGGGCGCCAAUAGCAUGGCACUCUCGAUCUUUACACUUUUUGAUGCUGUUAAGAUUGAAAGUCUCACUCAAAUAAAUGUAUCAGGGCUAUUGCUCGUGGCUAGCGGUCUUUACGCACUAUGGAGAGUGUCUAAGAAGAUUAAUUCACACACAAAGAUUGUGAUACUGCUACAAAUUCUGCUUUUGGCCAUGAUGCUGGCUGUUACCAAUAAGUCUGUGACUUCCCUGCAACAACGUGCAGGCCUCCCGACAGAUGCCAAAAUAGCCGGCUGGGUAAUUCUAACGCUAUCCCUUUCUUUGAUGCCGCUUUUGCAUUAUUUGAAGCCAAGCAAUGAUUACCAAGUCAGAGUCCUUGUCAUUUACCUAACAUUUGCGCCAACUUUUCUGAUCUUGACUAUAUCUUUCGAGUCAUUUUUCUAUCUUCUAUUCACAAACUACCUGAUGCUUUGGAUCGAGAUAGAGUCAAAGAUUAAAGCUCAGAAUAUCGCAAAAAACUCUCAGAACUGGCUACAACUCCUCAGGAUAUCCAUCAUAGGAUUUUUCCUCCUACAAUUUGCUUUCUUCGGCACCGGAAAUGUUGCAUCUAUCUCCUCCUUUUCCUUGGACUCGGUCUACAGACUGAUGCCCGUGUUUGAUCCGUUCCCAAUGGGCGCUCUUUUAAUUCUAAAAAUAAUGAUUCCCUAUAUCCUUCUAUCGACGGCCCUCGGAAUUAUGAAUUUGAAACUGAAUAUAAAGGACUACACUGUGUCUUCUCUAAUAUUAUCUACCAGCGAUGUUCUGUCACUGAACUUCUUCUAUCUAUUAAGAACGGAAGGUAGCUGGCUGGAUAUCGGCGUUACCAUCUCAAACUACUGCCUGGCGAUAUUAUCUUCCCUGUUCAUGAUCGUACUAGAACUGUUCAGCCAUUUCCUACUGAAGAAUGUCAGAGACAACGGUAUGGAUAUCGCCGCCUCGAAACAACAAAAAAGACACUAA